AUCUAACUCCUGGCGCAUGCGCAUCGAGCCGAUAUCCGUAGGGGUGUGGGAAGCUCGUUCGCUUCCGAUCGAUUUCCGUGUUGAUAAGGAACACCCGUGACGUUUCGUUCAGCCGCACGCGAUUGAGAGGCCACUGUCAAAGUAGAAAUGGACGCCGACGAAAUAGCCUGCGAAUCGGACCCGUCGUCCGGUAACGACAUUAGCGAUGAUGAAAGCGACGACCAAGUUUUAGAAAUUAAUCCCGUCACAGAAGAAGUGUUAAAAUCAGUGCUAGAACGACUUCAUCCCCAAACUGAUGUCGAAUUAUUUAAUUUUGAUUCAAAUAAAGCAGAAGAAUUGGCAAGAACUACCAGAGCCGUCACCCAACGAACACAAAAUUGGGCGGUUAAGGUUCAGUAUAAAAUACUAUCAUCUGGGCAUGAUGAUCAACAAAACUUGAAUCUUGUGCUUAAAUUCUUACCGCCUGAUCCGUUUGAUAAAUACUACGUGACGGACGCUGGAUUCGAUCUGAGAGAAAUCAGCUUUUAUACUGAGGUUUUGCCAGAUGUGCUACAAUUUUACAAAAAUACACUAAAAACCUCAGAAGAUAUCGAAUUGCCAAUUCCUAAAUGCUUAUAUACAUCAUAUACUGCAGCAAAUGAUGGGUCCAUUCUAAAAGCCCCAGAAUCCUUACUUGUUGUAGAAAACUUACGAGUUCAAGGAUAUACGAGGGCUAAUUUUUCUGAUGGCUUAGAUUUACAAGAAACUGAAUGUGCCAUAAAAGCUAUUGCACAAAUGCAUGGAUUGUUCCUUACUUAUAAAAUUAAAUGUGGUGUAGAUCUCAAAACUAAAUAUUUGCCUUUUGAUAUAAAGAAAGUGACAGAAACAUAUCAAGUAUCGGUUGAAAGAGGUUGGCCACAUAUAAUAAGUUUUUUAGAGCAUACACCUUGUAUGGAGAAUGAAUUAGAAGCUCUGAGAAAUAUUCGGGAAUAUAGUCAAACAUUAAUUGAAAACAUGCUAAUGCCAGAGGAACCAUUGGCAACAUUAACCCAUACAGAUUUUUGGGGAAACAAUUUGAGAUUUAAAAAAGAUUGUAAAAACAGUUUUAAAUGCAAAAUUCUGGACUGGCAAAUGGUUACUUACAGCAGACCAUCAAAUGAUUUAGCACUCUUGUUAAUAUCAUCAGUGAAAACAGAAGUUCGACGAGAACACCACAAACACUUAGUUAAUUUUUAUUAUCAAAAUCUCUCUGAAGUAUGUGCAAACUAUGGUCUUAACUUAGAAAAUGAACUUAGUUAUGGAUUCAAAGAUUUUGAAGAAGAAUAUAAAAAAUCUCAAUUAUUAGCAUUAUUGUUAUGUAUUGGCUGUAUUGACAUUGCACUAGGAGAUCCUGUUGCAGAAAAAAGGUUAACACAAGUGUUAAUAGAUUUGUAUAAUGAUGGAAUAAUAAAUGAAAGAUGCUCUUCAUAA